AUGGCGAUGGCGUCUAUGAUGAAGGUUGUUCUAGGCAGCAUUGCUUUCGGCUUUUUCUGGGUUUUAGCAGUUUUCCCUGCUGUACCGUUCCUGCCUAUUGGAAGAACAGCUGGUGCUCUUCUUGGGGCCAUGCUCAUGGUUGUCUUCCGAGUGAUUUCUCCUUAUGAAGCCAAUGAAGCCAUUGAUCUUGAUAUUCUUGGCCUCCUCUUUGGAACCAUGGUUGUUAGCGUCUACCUCGAGAGGGCUGAUAUGUUCAAGUAUCUUGGCAAAUUGCUUACCUGGAAGAGUAGAGGAGGCAAGGAUUUGCUCUUUAGAGUCUGUCUAGUUUCAGCCAUUUCUAGCGCUUUGUUCACUAAUGACACUUGUUGUAUUCUUCUCACCGAAUUCAUUUUGAAAAUUGCGAGGCAGAACAAUCUCCCUCCCCAACCUUUUCUUCUAGCUCUUGCUUCCAGCUCAAAUAUUGGAUCUGCUGCUACUCCUAUUGGUAACCCACAAAACCUUGUUAUAGCUGUUCAAAGUAAGAUUUCUUUUGAGAAAUUCUUGUUUGGGAUCCUGCCUUCUAUGUUGUUGGGUGUGCUAGUCAAUGGUGCAAUACUUUUAUGCUACUUUUGGAAGCUUUUAUCUAUUGAAAGGGAUCAAGAAGUGGAGGCCGAAGCCGGAGAUUUGGUUGUAGAAAAUGAGGUGAUCAAUUCUCACCAAUCGCCUCAUGCUAGUUCUGUAAAUUCUAGGGACUUUAGUUUUGGCAUUGAUGUUGUAACACCGAGUUCAUUAGUGAAUGCAAACUCAUUGCCAAAUUCAGUUGCAAAGGAUCCUCCUAAUGAGAAUUGGAAGAGAUUUUUGUGGAAGAUAUGUGUCUAUCUUGUGACUAUUGGAAUGCUCGUUGCUCUUUUUCUGGGGUUUAACAUGUCAUGUACGGCUGUUACUGCUGCUCUUGCUCUUGUUGUUCUUGAUUUCAAAGACGCCCGACCUUGCUUAGAGAAGGUUUCAUACACAUUACUAGUAUUCUUUUGUGGGAUGUUCAUAGCUGUACAUGGCUUUAAUAAAACAGGAAUACCAAGCACCCUUUGGGAAGCUGUUGAAAGGUAUUCACGAAUUGACAGUACAGGUGGGAUUGCAUUGCUGAGUGUGGUCAUCCUUCUUCUAUCUAAUGUUGCCUCAAAUGUCCCUACUGUUCUCCUAUUAGGGAGUAGAGUCGCGGCAUCAGCAGCAUCAAUCUCUGCAACAGAAGAGGCUCGUGCUUGGCUGAUACUUGCAUGGGUGAGCACAGUGGCCGGAAAUCUCUCUCUACUUGGAUCUGCUGCAAACUUGAUAGUCUGUGAGCAGGCUCGAAGGGCGCAGUUUUAUAGUUAUAAUCUCUCCUUUUGGAGCCAUUUAAAGUUUGGAGUUCCUUCUACUAUAAUUGUUAAUGCAAUUGGUUUGCCCUUCAUAAGGAGUUACUGA